UUUUAAAAAAUAUAAUUAAGUAAUUAUAGGCAAUGAAUCUAUUAGUAAAUGCUAUUAUAGCUCUACUAACUAUUAUAGUUUAUAUUAAUGGAUCAGUUUACGGUAAAAAUCAAUGGCCACCAAAUCACGGUAAAUGUCCAGUAAAUGGUAAUCUAUGGCCACAACUGCCAGAUUAUGCCGGAUUAGCUACGAUUAAAUUACUAUCGGAUGGCCAGUUAGUUCAAUCGCUUCAUCGAUCAGUAGAGAAACAAUGUCGAUAUACUGACCGUAAAGGUAGGCAAUACAAACAGGAAGGACUGGAACUAUUGGCCAGCCGUUACGUACCGUUUUGUCAGGUGAGUCGUGAUUUUUUUCGACAAAUGUUGGCUACGAUUGCCAACCAAACUGAUUCACAAAAACGACAUGAGCUACUAGCUAGACGAGCCCAGUGGGAGGUCUAUUGGUCCAAAUACUAUGCAGAAAUUACAGCCAAACAAUCUUGUUGUUCAUUAGAACAGUUAGGUUAUUCAAAGGAUGUCAAUGUUUUAGUGAAACAGUUGGCUGAAAAACGGUCGAUUAUUUUGGAUAAUUUGCCGAAAUUUAUCAAAGAAAUCAAACAAAACAAUGAUCAGUUAGCAUGGCCAGAAUUAAAUGAUGAGACUGUCGAACAAACAAAAGCCGAUUACGCAAACACUGAUAAAAUUGUAGCCAAUUUGACGCCCGAAUCGAUAAAAAUCAAAACAUUGCAGAAUCUUGUCUACGAAGCGGAUAUCUAUGGCCGGGCUAUGAAAGGUGUAAAAUUAUAAUGCAUGAAAAAACAACAAAAUCAGGCAAAUAAUGUUUACUUGAACCUUGGUUACACUAGAUUUCAAUUAAAAAUUUCAAUUAAUUAAUUAUUGUUUUUAUUAAAAACUUUUCUAAAAUAAUAA